GGAAGCUUGCACCGGAAGCAGUUCUUUGGACCUGUGACACGUAGCAACGGGACUAGCGCCGGUCCGAAACUGAGUUUGGGGGUACUUCUCGGGGCCGCUGGUGUUACAGCCGCUAUCGCGUGUGCCACCUUUGCGUCUGAUCAUUUACAAUGUCAGGCUUUGAUAACUUAAACACGGAUUUCUACCAGACAAGUUACAGCAUCGAUGACCAAUCGCAGCAGUCCUAUGAUUAUGGAGGAAGUGGAGGACCCUACAGCAAACAGUAUGCAGGCUAUGAUUACUCGCAGCAAGGCCGAUUUGUCCCUCCAGACAUGAUGCAGCCACAACAGCCAUAUACUGGGCAGAUCUACCAGCCAACUCAGGCAUAUAUUUCAGCUGCACCUCAGACAUACUACGGAAACAACUUUGAGGAUGAACCACCUUUAUUAGAAGAGUUAGGCAUCAAUUUUGACCACAUCUGGCAAAAAACACUAACAGUGUUACACCCAUUAAAAGUAGCAGAUGGCAGCAUCAUGAAUGAGACUGAUUUGGCAGGACCAAUGGUGUUUUGCCUUGCCUUUGGAGCCACAUUGUUAUUGGCUGGCAAAAUCCAGUUUGGCUAUGUGUAUGGAAUCAGUGCAAUCGGAUGUCUAGGAAUGUUUUGCUUAUUAAAUUUAAUGAGUAUGACAGGUGUUUCAUUUGGCUGUGUGGCAAGUGUCCUGGGAUAUUGUCUUCUUCCCAUGAUCCUACUUUCCAGCUUUGCAGUGAUAUUUUCUUUGCAGGGAAUGCUAGGAGUUCUUCUCACUGCUGGGAUAAUUGGAUGGUGUAGUUUUUCUGCUUCCAAAAUUUUCAUUUCUGCUCUAGCCAUGGAAGGACAGCAACUUUUAGUAGCAUAUCCAUGUGCUUUGUUGUAUGGAGUGUUUGCCCUCAUCUCCGUCUUUUGAACUGAAUUUAUCUGGGGUGUGCACAUCAGUGGGCCAAAUUCAAAAGAGGACCUUGAACUCUUAAAUUGGACCAGCAAACUGCUGCAGCUCAACUCACAGAUCUCCAGUGUACUUGGAACAGUGGAAGAAAACAUGUCUUUGGUUCAUUUUAUAAAACAGUUGAAUACUACAUGGAUUUACCUGCAGUGUGACUAGCUUUAAGUAUUUGUGCUUAUACACAUAAGAAGUGCUAAUUCUUUCCUGAUCCUGCAACCUUUGAAGAAUGACCCUUUUUCCUUAUAAAUUAUAUUACUAUGUUUUUGAUAGAUUUUUAUCAACUGGGAAACUAACCACAAAGCUGAUGAUCAUUCUUACAAAUAAGACUUAGUGCAGAAAUAUUUUUCUAAGGAAUUAGGAAAGAAAAGUCAUCUAUAUUCUCAAGCUAGGUACACUGAAGCAAAAGAAAAAACAAAUGCCAAUACAGAAUUUUGUGAGUUUGCACUUCAAAGAUUUGACAUUCCUGGUAAUUAUCUUAAGAAAUUGCUGUUAAAUUCAGAGAUAAGCACAGUUCACAAUCUACCUUAUUGUGAACUGUGAACAGGUAUCUAGAUGUUAGCAUUAAGCCUGGACUAGCCACAGUACUGUGAGUUGGGUCUUCACAUCUCCCAGGAGAAAGAAAAUCUCUUUUUUCAAGAAAAAUAUUUAAAGUUUUGCAAUUUCAGUAUUGCAUUUGUCAAUGUAUAGUGCAUUUGAUGCUUAUUAAAAGUUUCCCAAUUAAUUGUCA